AUGCGAAUACCUGCGACGCUGCCUCCUCGUCAUGCUGCCCCUCUUCCUCUGCGACUGCAUGUGGCCCCUCAGCACCCGCCGUUCUCCCGUCCCUCUCCUCAGCCUGCUUCUGCUCCUCGGCCUCCGCCAUCUUCUGCGCCUCACCCUCCGCCUUCUGCCGCGCCUCUACAACAGCCUUCUUCCGCGCUUCUGCCCGAGCCAGUUGUAGUGCCUCUUCCGCAGCCUGUUUCUGCUCCUCUGCCUCCGCCUUCUGCCGCCGCCGCUGCUUCUGCCUUAUUCCGAGCCUCUCCUUCCUUAUGUGCGUCUGCCUCCUCCAUAUGCAGCGCCGCUGCCUUAUCCUUCUGCCUCGCUGCUGCCUCUGAUUUCCUUGUGCGCCUCUGCCUCAACCAUCUUCGGCGCCGCCGCACCCUCCUCCUUCUACCUCGCCGCUUGCCUCUGAUUCCUUAUUCCUUCUGCGCCUCUGCCUCAACCAUCUUCGGCACCGCACACAUCCUCCUUCUGCUGCGCCGCCUGCCUCAGAUUCCUUCUGCGCCUCUGCCUCAACCAUCUUCGGCGCCGCACCAUCCUCCUUCUGCUGCGCCGCUGCCCUCUGAUUCCUUCUGUGCCUCUGCCUCAACCAUCUUCGGCGCCGCACCCUCCUCCUUCUGCUGCCCCGCUGCCUCUGAUUCCUUCUGCGCCUCUGCCUCAACCAUCUUCGGCGCCGCACCCUCCUCCUUCUGCCUGCGCCGCUGCCUCCAAUUUCUUCUGCGCCUCUGCCUCAACCAUCCUGGGCGCCGCACCCUCAUCCUUCUGCUGCGUUUGCUGCCGCUGAUUCCUUAUGUGCGUCUGCCUCAUCAUUCUGCUGUGCCGCUGCCUCAUCCUUCUGCUCGCCGUCUGCCUCUGAUUCCUUCUGCGCCACUGCCUCCACCACCUGCAGCUCGACUGCCUCCGACGUCAGCUCUGCUGUUGCAACCGCUUCUUUACGCGCGACUGCCUCCCCACUCUUUGACCGCCUUUGCACCCACCUUCUGCUGCGCAGCGGCCCUCUGCUUCCUUUGGCGCCCCGUCCUCUGCCGUAAGUGCCGCCUCUGCAUCGACGAACCGAUGGGCCGCAUCCUCUGCAUUCUGGUGCGCCUCUACCUCCGCCAUCUUAUGAGCCUUUGCACCCGCGUUGCUCUGCGCCUUCUUUUUCGCCUCUCCGAAUUCUCAUGGCACGUCGACGUCCCCUCUCCGGGCCUCUUCAGCCGCCUUCCGCUUUACGCCGGGCAAGCGAACUUUCACGUAUCCCCUAUCCUCCUCGAUAUGAUGCCGCACAUUGUUGGCGAGCUCCUCUCCUGCCUCUCCCACGUGUGCCCUUGCAGCGGCUCGUGCCCCAUGCUCCCAUGCUUCACGUAUGUCUCCAGUUCCCGGGAAAGAGACGGUAGGAUCGGUGUCGCAUCACGGCGCCGUUGCCUCUCUUCAGCCCGUCUCCUCUUGGCUUCUGCUUCGGCCACCCGCUUAUCAUCAGCCGCCUUCCUCCACUGCUCCUCUGCCUGUUCGACCUGA